GCAAGUUGCAGUGGGAGUUCGUGUGAUGGUAACCAGGAACCUGGAUGUAGAAGAUGGAAUUGUCAAUGGAUGUUUUGGCACGAUUGCAAACAUCGUCACCAAAGCAAAAGAUGGAAUCGACACCGUACAAAUGUUAGGACUUCAACUUGACAAUCCGAACGCCGGUCAGAAACACCGUAAAAAGGUACGAGGUGAAGAAGACGUUUUGGUUUACAUUGAGAGAUCUGAAGAAAGUCUGAGGAAAGGAGCCGUUCGUCGACAGUUUCCCAUUAAGCUAGCUUACGCCUGCACAGCCCACAAAGUUCAAGGCAUGACAAUGCACUCUGCAGUAGUGUCAUUGAAGAAGAUUUUUGAGCCGGGAAUGGCCUAUGUUGCCCUCAGCAGAACGACAUCUCUACAAGGAUUACACAUUACGGAUUUCGACGACAAGAAGAUAUAUGCUGAUCCUGAAAUCACAACCUCUUUGCAAAGCAUGAGAAGAGCAAGAGUUGAAGAAAUCAUGCCACUUUUGCAGCACGUGAGGGAAAAUAGGCAGGAACAGACACUCACCAUCAUCCAUCACAACACGGAAGGACUGGCAUCUCACAUGGAGGAUAUCAGAUGCCAUCAUGAGCUACAACUCGCCGAUGUUCUGUGUUUAACAGAAACACACCUGACUGGAUCGUCCACUUCGGAUCUCCAAUUGGAAGGAUACAACUUGUUCACACGCAACAGGCAUGUCUCCUACUCCACACAUCAAGAACUUGGAAGGAAAAAUGGAGGUGGAGUCGCAAUAUAUUGCAAGGAGCACAUUCCAACUCAGCCCAGGCAAUAUAUACAAAAUGUGACUGAUCUGGAGUUUGCUGUGAUCAAGUUGGAUUCCCCAAUAAAAGCAGCAGUCGUAGCUGUGUAUAGGCCACCACAGUACAGUGUUGGAGAUUUCUUGACCAACCUGAACAGUAUGCUGGAUUACCUGGACCUCACACACAACGAUCUCGUCAUCAUCUGUGGAGAUUUCAACGAGGACCUCUUACACCCUGGAAAAAAACCUAUUCUGGAGUUGUUUCAAUCUCGAGGAUACACGCAACUGAUUACAUCAGCGACGACGGAAAAGCACACACUACUUGACCACAUCUACAUUUCAAAUCCGGACUUCUGUCAUCAAUCGGGCGUGUUAGAGACCUACCACAGUUACCACAAUCCUGUGUACUGUGUAUUGCGUUUUUUUCCAUAGGUGAAUUGCCCGCUAUACCAGGUCACUGGGGCCACUGAAUCAGCAUUAACGACAACAGUGGGGCAACACCAGCCUUAGUUCCCCAGUGGCUUCUGUAUGAGUGGUGUCUUGGCCUUAAGCCAUAUUGAACUGAGGUUCCAUUUAACCUCCUUUAUCGACGGCAGUGACGUUGCGGUUAUAUUGUGUUGUUCGUGGUAAUAUGAAGGUGUUGUGUCCCUGAGUUAACUAGAGUACAGCAGCAGGAAGGACGAAGGAGUAGUGUGGCAGCUCCAGACAGGACAGGAAGUGAAGGCAGCAGAAUACAGGACGCAGUCAGGGUUAGUGUAAUAACUCCAGGGAAGACACAGACAGUGAGAGCAACAGCAGCAUUGCAGGAAGAUUUUGGAGACCAUAGCAGUCCUCUCCAACACUGGAUAUUGAGUGUGCAAUAUACCAUCUAAAGGUAAGUGUUAAAAGAUGUCACUU